UUGGAAAUGACACAUGAAACGACGAUUAAAUCCAUUUUCUUCGAGCACUUUCUUUACUAUCUGAAUGUUUAUAUGAAUUAAAAUUUAGGCUCCUCAAGAUGACCACAAUAAACCAGAGUUGUCCCGUUGCAAAACAACCUUCGGACUUGGACUCAGAACUGGCCAAGUUAACUGGUAACCUGCAGCAAGUCCAGGAUACAUUCCUCAAUCACUGGACGGGAGACCAGCUGACAAAGUUCUUGCAGGAUCAUUUGAGAGAACAUGAGACGUUGAUCCAGGAAAGUAAAGACCAAAUAUUAUGCAUCCAGAAGGAAUUAAAAAUCUUGGAACAACAGUCGCUGAGCAACAAAGAAGUUGGGGAAGAUAACAAGAAGAAACUUUUGGCCCUGAAAGCGGUGAUCAAAGAGUCGGCUCUAAAACUUCAGGAGCUUCUCUUUGAGAGAGAACAGAAACAGAAGGAGUAUAUUGUCGGGAUGGAAAAAUGCAACCAACAAAAGGAAUUGGUAGAAGCGCAGGAAAAAGCAACGAAAACUCGACUUAGAGAACUCAUCAAGGCCGAGAGUCUGUACAAGGAGUGGUUAGGACUUCAGUUCAAGAAAAUCAGCGAGGAUCACUUACAGUUUGUCUUCUCCUAUCUGGACCCUAAGGACCACAGUCGAACCUUCUCCUUUACAAUAAAGAUUGAGAACAACAAAUACAAUGUGGCAGAUUCCAACCCCGCAAUCGAGGGACUAGACAAGAUGGCUGCCAGUCUGAACGAAAGCAACAACCUGACGGAAUUCAUCGUCACAGCUUGGAGAAAAUUCAAAGAGCUCUUGUAGAAGUUUAUUUUUUUCACAAAAUUGUAAAAUAAAGUUGUACAUAAGUUAUUCCACCCAAGUACUGGGAAAUGUAUAUAAAGUAAAUAGUCACUGAGGUUGAAUGGUUAAUGAUCAGGCAUGAUAUUCUUUCUACUUUAGUCAGUUUCUGAUUUAUUGUUUUUCCUCUUUGGAAAAAACCCAUAACAAUUAUUUUUAAUGAGGCCUGAAUAUCUAUUAGCACCUGCACCAUGUGUUAAUAGACCUUUUCGCAAAUACCCAUUGCGCAAGCGCUAACUGUUGAAUGAAGUGCAUGCUGGUCUAGCUAGCGAUCAAACUUGAUUGCUAACUAGACCAGCACCUCAUUCCAUGCCUAGAAAGCGUGCGUACCGAUUAUUUGCAAUAAGGUCUAUGACAUAGGUCAACCCUUUCAUACUAGGUUCCUUCUUUUUUUCUGAGGAACCGUUCGAGCGUCGUUGAAUGAUGGAUAUGAGUGCUAUACAUAGAAGUAGAACCCGGAGACCGCUGAGUGUCUCAUUGUGCGUGCGGUUUCAUUGUAAGACCAUUUUUAUGGACGCGCAUAUGCCAUUUUUUUAACGCGUGCAUGGCAAAAUAUUUUGCCAUACAGUGACGUCAUCAUUGACCAAUGAACACACUAGAAACGGUUUAUGUACGCUGAUGUCUUAAUUGUCAUUUUGCCAUACACGCGUGUCACGUGAUGCUCAUUUUGCCAUACACGCGUGUCACGCAAUGAUCAUUUUGCCAUACACACGUAUCACGCGGUAUCGAUAUGCCGCGCGUCCACAGACGACACAGAGGGUGGCCGAGAUCAGCGUUCUCCGGGUUCUAUUUCUAUGGUGCUAUAGAAACCAUUUUGUUAAUUAUUAAUAUUUUAUUUAUAUCAUGCCUGAUGAUAGUGUGUAAAUAGACCCGUUAAAAAUUGUUAAGUGUAGUUUACAGACUUCCGUUUGUUCCUCAUCCUGAUUUCUCCAAACUUACUCCUUUCUCAAGCAUUGACACUUUAGCUGUUGCUAAAUUUAUUUUAAAAAACCUGUAUAUCUCUGUGUACUGAAUUUUGUUUUGUAUCUAUCUGGAAGUAUUUGUGACUUUCUGAAAUUAUUGUCAACAAAAUUAAACUUCUGGAAAGUGAAGUUGGUGAAUUUGCACUAUGCUCAAUCAAACUUGUUAAUGGUCAAGAGAAUGCUAGAGGCUAGUCUUAGCUCCAAGUCCCUUGCAGUUUUGUCCCUUGCAUUAUUUUUAUGUGCUAGUGCGCCCUCUGUUGUCUUGGACAAAGACUAGCCAGGGAAACCCUAAACUAGUCUCCUGUCCUUAUUCACGAGCCUCGAAGUGUGACGUCAGAUGUUCAGGCUUGGUAUACCCCCAAAGGCACCUUUUUAUGAAAACAAAAAUUAAAGUGAAAGUUUGAAGAAAAAAAUAAAGGGGAAAAAACAGACACCCGUAUUAAAAUUGUUUAUUUUAUAAAGAAAAUAUAAAGUGCAUUCUAAAAGUGGUUUUGUUUAAAAUAAUCGAUGUGAAGCUAUCACAAAAGAGAAUAAAAAAUACGCUCAAUUAAAUAAUCUUUUUAUACCAAAAGUGGUAAAUUCCCAUAUAGAGUUAACUAUGUUUUUGUUUCGGUUUAUAAUGUGUCUAUUUUUACUGAAAAGGUGGGUGCGAAAUAAAACAGUACUUACUUAGCCGGUUUUGGUUACAAAAUUA